AUGUACUCCUAUCUAAAACCGCAGCCUGAACCGAUACAGAAUGAACUUAUUGUGAUACAGUACCCUGGAAUUAUCAAAAAUCUCGAUCGAGCGCUGGAGACACUAGGAGGUCUUCCAAAGAUAUCACAGAACCACUUCUGUGGUCAUUCACUUGAGCUGCGACAUACACCGGAGAAUCCCUACACUAGCGCUUCAAUCUCAGAGAAAAAAGUGGACGCUGUUGUCACCUCCGGCACUCUUCGAGUGAUAAUGCAGAUUCGGCGGAAAAAGAAAAAACCUGAUGUGAUUGAGACAAAGUUCCUUGGCUUGGUGAAUUAUCUUUACACGUUUGAGACAAUGUGUGAUUUUCAAUAUCUGCCAUUAAAGAAGCGGCAAGAUAAGGAAGUAUUUGAUGAUCUUAUACCCCGCCUUAUUCCUCAAGACCUUCCCGGUGCCUUAUGCUGGUGGGAUAAGCCUGAUCCUCAUCCUGGCUACACUCCUCUCUACCUCCCGCCAUACCAGUUCAGUCGUUAUAAUACUCCCUCGAACAAACUGCUUUGUCGUGAUACUGAUUUCGCCAUUGAGAAAAGUCGGAGAAAAACUGGACAUGGUCAAAAUUUGCGUUUACACAGAAAAGCACUUUCUGUAACUGUACAGGCGAAUGACCCAUUCCCAUCAACCCCAGCACCAGAAGCAGUUGCAGAUGCAGAUUUUAGAUGCAAGAACGAAGAACCACACAAAAUGAUAGCAGCUUUGUAUCGCGAACGACCGAUGUGGACAAGAGUUGCUAUCGCGUACAAAACUGGGCUUGAGUACACUUUGUUGAAAACUUUGCUACAAAAGUAUGCUUUCUACAUCCAAUCAGGACCAUGGGGGAGGCUUUGGUGCAAAUUCGGUUAUGAUCCUCGAACGGAUCCCGAGUCAAAGCAUUACCAAACACUAAUG